UCCAAAUAUGCCUUCCCCAGGGGCAAACCAUAUCAGCAACCAAACUCGUUGCAACCAUUUCGAAACCAAUCGAGCAGACGAUCCGCCUCCAAUAGCUUCAAAAAGCACUCAUCACAAUGCAAUCCGCAGAGAAUUUCAACACCUCACUCCAUUCUAGUCGCCAACAUAAACAAACCAGAAAGCAAUCCACAUGGACCGAACGUGCACCUCACAUCCGCGCCCCAACUGCAAAGACGCACUGGUGAUCCACCCUCACUCGCAUGACCCCACGCGGACAAAACCACUGCUGCGCAUCUCAUUGGCUCACGACCUCCAAAUCUUUCUGCCCUGUCACGUUCCUCACUAGCAGCAAAGCUAAGCCUUCAGGGCUCCUCAAUUCGAGUUUAGCUCAAGCCUGGACAUGCUGUGCAAUGCAAUGGCGCGGGCUCCUUGUUGGUUUGCAGCAUUCUAGUCUUUCCGUGUGGCUUCGAAGCACUCUGGAUGGAUGCAGGUAGCUCCUUGCCUGAGCAGCACCUUCAAUUCCGCGUCUAGUUUGCACGCUGCGUGGCAGCACAUGUUCCUGUGGCGAGUCCUAUUUCGGACAAACCGUAACUGCUUGUGGCGGUCGGUUGUGUUCGGGAUUUGGGUUGCGAUACUUGGUGUUCCCCGCGCAACAUGGGUCUUCUGCGGAUAUGACCACGCUGCCGGCGAUUGCACGAAGCGCUGCCUUGUUCCGAUUUUAGGUUUCUGUAGGCUCGCUCUGUGAUUGGAGCGGAUUCCUGUUGCAGCUGAAAGUGCUGUCGCCUCCUGAAGCGCUUUGGAUUUCGGAAACCGCAACGACUGGGCGCAAACACGCGAGUGCGAGAGCCACACGGGCUGUUGCGGCGGUUUCUUCCAGCGAUGAGAAUCGGACUGGCGGGCCAAUUUUGCACCGCCUGGAGGGAAAUGCCGUCUGGGCGCUGUUCGAGGAGCGCGCUGCUGUGAAGCUUUCCGGACUCGUUGCGUGUUCGAGGUCGGGAGCGUACCCCUGUCAUGGCAAUUUCGGCACUCUCCCCUCACACGCUCGGCCGUUGUGCCCCGGGUGCUGGGGCACCGCAAUGCAGCGCCAGGAGGGAGCCGCGCAAUGCAUGCAGCAGUCCAUGGGCGGAGUUCGAACGCAAGGAUACUUUUCAAUUUGUAGGAGCUCGAAAUUGCAACGACAGACAGUGGAGGGCGGCAAGCCGAGAUUGCAGGGUGAAGAACUGGAGACACGGGCAAUGUCGGUGUUCCGGACAACAAUUUCUGCCGGAUGAAACCAAACCAUCUAUCUCGCGACGCCCUUCCGCGACCACCCCGCGGUCUCUCCUCUCUCCAGCCAAGACGUACUUGGAGGCCGAGCUGACCUCCGAGGACAAGUUCUGGGUGAUCGCGGCCUCCACCCCCGAGGAGCUCCUGGCGGCUGCCACACUUCGAGCGCAGAUAUUCUAUUCGUACCCCCAAGUGGACAUGACAUUGGCUGGCAUCGAAGCCGUCGGGGCGCGCGUGGCAAACGACUUGAUCAUCGACGACCUGCUGAGAACGAGGCGGAAAUCGGAAUUCACCAGGGUACUUGUCUGCGCAACCAUCCGAGUUCAUGGACUGAUGGUUGUCCGUGUGCUCGUCUGA